ACCGCCCCAGCAUCCAGCUCCAGUCCAACGACGGCGGCACAGCCAACACCGACCGGCCGAGAGCACCAGGAGCCCCGUGUAGCUCAACCCGACAUCCCGGCGCAGAGAAACGGACAUGGGCUCCCCGUGAAACCGGGCGGUGGAGGGGAGAGGAGGGCCGGCGGGGGGUGGGGGGGAGCGACGACGAAAGCGUGGUGGGAGAAACACCCAGAGAGAGCGACAGAGCGCGGACAAACAAAAGCACAAACGAGCGGUGCCUGCAACCAUGAGCGGCUCGCACUAUUCGCCGGAGCUGCGGCUGCCGCUGCUGCCGCCGCGCCGCCCGCGGACCAUGUCGUGAGGUGUGGCUCGGAAACGCUCCGGGGAACCUGUCAGCCGAAACGACACGCCGAGGAGGAGCAGCAGGAGGAGGAGGUGGUGGUGGUGGAGGUGGAGGUGGGGUGGUGGUCGAAAAGAUGUCCGCCUCGGUGGGGCCCCAGGGCGGCCCUCGCCCACCCACCGUGCCGCCAUCCAUGCCGGAUCUGCCGGACCUGAGCCACCUCACCGAAGAGGAGAGGAAAAUCAUCAUGGCAGUGAUGGCUCGGCAAAAGGAGGAGGAGGAGAAAGAACAAGCCAUGCUUAAAACGCUGCACCAGCAGUUCGAAAGCUACAAACAGGAAGUGCGACGCAUCGGUGCCGAGACGCGACGCCAGCAGACGCUGCAGAAGGACGAUGCACCAACGUGUGGAAUCUGCCGCAAGACCAAGUUCGCCGACGGCUGCGGCCACCUCUGCUCCUACUGCCAGACCAAAUUCUGCGCUCGCUGUGGAGGGAGAGUCUCUUUGCGCUCCAACAAUUGUCUCAUAGUGAAGGACAGGGUAAUGUGGGUGUGCAACCUGUGCCGUAAGCAGCAGGAGAUCCUCACCAAAUCAGGAGAAUGGUUUUCGGGUUCAGGGGUGCGGCCUGGGAGCCUGGGCAACUCCUUGACCGACCCGGCGACAGGAGGUGAGGCCCAGCGGGACACAAAGCUGCUCCGCUCCAGGUCCCAAGCUCCGCCCUCCAGCGCCAACAGCGGGCCACACGCCGGCGUCCCUGCUGCCAAGGGAACUGACACCAUGCCGGGCUCUCGCUCCCAAAGCGAGCCGCCGAGAGAAAAGAAAAGGCCGGUUUCUCUCCAUGAACAGAAUGGUAAAGGAGGGAUGGGACGUGGUAGUGGACGGAGACCAGCUGGAAAGGUUCAGUCUCAGUCGUCCCUGGACGAACGGGUUGGACCUGCAGACCGAGAGAGGCGGCUCGGAGACGGACGGCGACUGGAAAAGAUCCAUUCUCAGGACUACGAAGAUGGAGACGAAAACCUGAGUCGGACGGAGAAACACCGGCGACGCCCGGAAGACGAGGAGCAGAGGGAGCGGCAGCGCAGAGAGGAGGAGUUCCAGAACCGGUACCGCAGCGACCCAAAUCUGGCAAGAUACCCAGUGAAACCGCAGAAGGAGGAGCAGGAGAUGCGAAUGCACGCCAAGGUGUCCAAGGUGAGGCAUGAGCGACGGCACAGCGACCUUGCCAUCAAUGAGGUGGGACUGGAGGGAGGCGGUGGGGGAGGAGGAGCAGGGGAGGUACCUGAGAACCGCCUGGCCAGGAGGGGCGGCGGUGGGGAGGGAGACCGUAAGGUCCCUGUAGAGAACCACCGGGCCUACUCCGUGGAUAGGACCGUAGGAGGGGGGGCGCCACCGGCCGGAGGUGGAGGGAGAUCAGGGCCCCAAACUGGGGGACCGGCAUCUCUGGACUGGGGCCCCAACAACGGCCGCCUGGAGCCCACACGGACGUCACGGGACAAAGGUGGGGACAACCUGCUGAGGAAGGACUCUCAGAGCUCGGACCAGUCGGAGUCUCUGCGGCCGCCCCCCCCACGGACACACAAGAGCAAGCGCGGAGUCAACAGGAGGCAGAUGUCCAUCAGCAGCUCAGAGGAGGAGGGCGGCUCCACGCCCGAGUACACCAGCUGUGAGGACGUGGACAUGGAAAGCGUCAGCGAGAAAGGUGACUGGGACUGUCAUCCUCUAGAUCCUGCAGUGUGCCAUCAUCCAGUUACGUGGCAGCCGUCCAAAGAAGGCGACCACCUGAUUGGACGCAUCACGCUGAGCAAGAGGUCGGCGAUGCCCCGCGAGGCCGGAUCCCUCCUGGGCCUGAAGGUGGUGGGAGGGAAGAUGACGGAGACAGGGAGACUCGGGGCCUUCAUCACCAAAGUGAAAAAAGGCAGCCUGGCAGAUGUUGUGGGACACCUACGCGCAGGUGACGAGGUGUUGCAGUGGAACGGAAAGUCGUUGCCAGGAGCAACCAAGAAAGAAGUGUACAACAUCAUUCUUGAAUCCAAGGCCGAGCCUCUAGUGGAGAUUGUUGUUUCCAGACCGAUCGGCUCUAUCCACCGAAUUAUGUCCAAAAACUUCUUGAGAAAAGUGUAUAGAGCAUAUCAAGACAUCCCAAGAAUCCCAGCAUCCCCUCACCCACCUCUAGAAUCUACAGGCUCCAGUUCCUUUGAGUCUCAGAAGAUGGACCGUCCCUCCAUAUCGGUGAUGUCCCCAACCAGCCCCGGGACUCUCAGAGACCUUCCUCUGGUCCUUCCCGGACAGCUCUCUGUAAAGCUGUGGUACGACAAAGUGGGCCAUCAGCUGAUCGUCAACGUUCUUCAAGCCAUAGACCUGCCGACUCGACCGGAUGGGCGACCGAGGAACCCCUACGUCAAGAUGUACUUCCUGCCUGACCGGAGCGAUAAGAGCAAACGACGGACUAAAACGGUGAAGAAGAGCGCCGAGCCCAAGUGGAACCAGACCUUCCUUUAUUCCCAUGUUCACCGGCGGGAAUUCAGAGAGCGAAUGCUGGAGAUCACGGUGUGGGAUCAACCCCGAGUCCAGGAGGAGGAGAGCGAGUUCCUGGGAGAGAUUCUGAUCGAGCUCGAGACGGCCCUGUUGGACGACAUUCCUCACUGGUAUAAACUGCAGACCCACGACGUGUCCUCCAUCCCUCUGCCUCAGCCAUCGCCGUACCUCCCCCGAAGACACGGAGGCCACGGAGACAGUCCCAGCAAGAAGCUGCAGAGGUCCCAUCGCAUCAUUGAUACAGAGUUUGAUGAUGGUUUGGUAGUAGUGAGUAAAGGUGCAGAGCGUAACUCUAGAGAACGGGAGCGCGGCAGCAUGUUAGCGGUUCCGGAGCAGCAGCGGCCCGUCCAGCACCGAUCGCGCUCCGUGUCUCCUCACCGCGAGGACUCCUGCAGGGCUCGGUCUCGACCUGCUCAUGUACCAAUGCAAAGAAGUUUGGAUGAGAUCCACCAGAACCGCCACCAUUCCCCGUCCCACUACCACGAGCCGCACCUGGAGCACCAACGCUCAGGUGACUCGGACUACGAGUACUCUGAGGACAGUGAGGUCCUGGAGAUGCACAGGUCUGUCCGGGGUGGAAGUGCCGAGUGCCUGCACACAAACAGGGGCGUAGGUAGAUACAACAACACACUGCCCCCCAAAAUGCCCCUGUUAGUAAACGGUAUCCAUAAGGACAUUUACAGCUCCACCCUCCCUGCAUGUCUAAAGAGCAAACAACCGCCCCACAGGCAGGAGGGCGGCAGCACUUUGCCUCGUAGCAUCCUGACGCACCGAGUGCUCAGGUUCACUGAUGAGGUUACGGUUAGCGACCUGCAGCCGUCGUUGGACAGAGUGAGGAGUGCCAGCACCACAUGUCUGAGACCAGACUCCAACUUUCACUCCUCUGACAGAGACAGGUCCUCCAACUCUUUGCCCCGCAAGACUCCCCCAAGCCCCAGGAUCUUAGUAGAACAUGUGGCCCCUGAAGACGACAGACAGUGUAGCAAUUCAUCAAGUCCAAACUGUCACAGGGGCAGCAAGAAAAGCCUGGAGGGGGAGAGUCGUAUCCAGCCCACCUCUAUCCUGAGGGGCAGUCGAGGCCGAGGGGGUCCACUGAGGCCAUUUGGCCACACAGUGCUGUCAGGGUCCUGUCCAAACUCUCCACGACUGGACAGAGCACACCCUCACGGCAGCCCCUCUCCUCCUACCGGGACGCCCUCAUCAGGUCGCAGGGUUAGGCAGCUGCCACAGCUUCCUGCAAAGAGCAGCAGCAUAGAGCAAGCCCUUGCAGUGGAGGAGCGAGCCCGACAGAUAAAAGUACAUUCCUACCGGCCUUCAGCCUCCCACGACCCUGAGACGGACCUCAAGACCAAACGGGAGAUGUACGCAGAGCAGCGGCGUAGCAGUGACAACAUGUCAGCCAGAUCUUCGGACAGCGAUAUGAGCGAUGUGUCGGCGCUCUCCCGAGCCAGCAGUGCCUCCCGCCUCAGUAGCACCAGCUACAUGUCGAUCCAAUCCGAGCGACCCGGAGGACGACUCAGAUCCAAGUCAUUAGAGGAAGAGAAGAAGGACAGGAGGAUCUCGUGGGGGGUGAACGGAGAGGAGGAGGAGGACAGGAGGGGUUCUUCAGGAAAAAGGCGAUUCUCAGAGGAGUUGAAGCGAAGGAGACACACAGUAGCAGGAGACACCAGGGAGUCCAGUCGGCAGAUGCGUUCGAUGGGUCGCAGCAUGCUGAAGAGCUCCAGUGUGAGCGGUGAAAUCUAUACGCAGGAACGAACCGACGGCAGCCAAUCAGACACGGCGCUGGGAACGGUGGGCGGCGGCAGCAAGAAGAGACGCUCCAGCCUCAGCGCCAGAGUGGUGGCCAUCGUUGGCAACCGUCGCAGCCGCAGCACCUCCCAGAUCAGCGGACCCGAGGGGAAGAGUAAGAAGGAGAAGGGCGCCCCCAUCCAGAGGAGCACCGAGUACGGCAUGGCGGUGGAGCUGACCAGGAACAUGAGCCGGCAGCCGAGCAGAGAGUCCAACAACGGCAGCAUGAACAGCUGCAACUCUGAGGGAAAUUUGAUCUUCUCUGGAGUGAAUCUGGGUGCCAGCAGUCAGUUCAGUGAUUUCCUGGAUGGACUGGGACCAGCUCAGUUGGUGGGCAGACAGACUCUGGCUACUCCUGCCAUAGGUGACAUCCAGAUCGGUAUGAUGGAGAAAAAGGGUCAGCUGGAGGUGGAGGUUAUCAGAGCUCGAGGACUCGUACAAAAGCCAGGAUCCAAAUCUCUCCCUGCUCCAUAUGUCAAAGUCUACCUGCUGAAUAAUGGAGCGUACGUAGCCAAAAAGAAAACCAAGAUUGCACGGAAAACACUUGACCCACUGUACCAGCAAGCACUGCUAUUCGAGGAGAGUCCGCAGGGGAAAGUCUUACAGGUGAUUGUGUGGGGAGACUACGGCCGCAUGGACCACAAGAGCUUCAUGGGAGUUGCACAAAUCCUAUUGGAGGAGCUGGACUUAUCAAGCACAGUCAUUGGUUGGUAUAAGUUGUUCCCGCCGUCCUCGCUGGUGGAUCCGACGCUCGCCUCCCUGACCCGGCGAGCUUCUCAGUCGUCCCUCGACAGCUCGUCUGGACCGCCGGGCGUCCGGUCAUAGUGGACCAGCGACAACGGUAAAAAACAAAACUGCAAAGAGAAACGAAAACAAAAUGCGGCGGAAAACGUAGAAGAACAACAAUCAGAAACAAGAAAGCUUUGUUGAAAAAUCUGACAAUCACUCCUGCCGCGGUUUAACUGUUUGUUGUUGGGAGCGUUUCAGUGUUUCAUAUCCAUUCAAAGAAGAAUCUCAUAGUUUUCUCUGUGUGCGGCGAAAGAAGCAGGGCUGCUGCAGUUCUGAAACGAAAGCAGGGUGGUUUUUAACUGAAUCAACAAUAGCGAAGAAAUGUACGUAAGCGUCGGAAUGUAUGGACUGGAGACAGAGGUAAUCACCCUCCACGCCUGCAGGAGGCGCCGUCCUCCCUGCAGAGGCCUCCUCCAGAAGCCCAGCAGACUGGGCAGGGAGCCCCCGCAUGGGCCUUCAGUCUGGAAGCACAGGGCCUCCUUCUGGUGCCUCGGACCUCGGAGCCGAUCGCUGGUCCCUUCUCUGUCGAAAGAUCCUCUUUUCAACAUGUUUACCAUGGCUGCACUGAAGCCGCACUGUUUUAGCGUGUUUGCUUUGUCGUUCAUUUCUUUCCCUUUGUUACUACUGGCACAAGAUGUUUCUACAGUGCUCAUGAUAAUGUCGUCAGUCUGGUGUGUGCAUGGAGAGAAAAAACAAAACACAAGAGAUAUUAAAAAAAAGGAUAUAAAAGCUAUUAAAUGUCUGCAAAGUGUUAUGCAGGUGGGGACCGUUGAUGAAGACACAGCUUAGAUUUUUACACUCGACAGUGAGAUUAGCGUUGUUUUCCUCGUUCCACUGCUGGCCAAGCGUCCAGGCCAGUUGUCUUUGUAUAGAUGUAUAUUAGGCCUCCCAGGAGGUUGACCAAUAAAUAAAAUUUAUGUCACUUUGAAAUAUCACAAGGGUACACUGUAAAAAAAGAAGAAAGUCAGUCUUUGUUCACCAAGGCGAGAGCAAGAUAGGACCCUGUAAUUUUUCAUAUUUUUGGGGGGGACUGUGUGCCCUCACCCCAGCACGUGGAACAGUUCUGAGUUCAACUUUUGUUUUUCAUUUUCUUUUUUUGGAAAUUUAAACACAAGCACAAGAGCUUGAUUUUUUUACAAGACAAAAAGUUUAACUUUUUGAAAAAAAACACGUAGUUUUAAAAAGAAAAAAGGAGAAAAAAAAGCAACAAUCCCCCGUCACUGAUUCAGUUCAUUUCUUUGUCUCGAUAUUAGCAGACAGACAGACAGACAGAAAAGAAGAUUCGCUCACAGUAGCCGUGUUUCCAUGAGAUUGUAAAGCGAAUUUGAAGCGGACUUUUGAAUAAAAGUUUCCAUUAACUGAUCUGAAGCGAAAAACUUGCCUGAAGGUGGCAGUGUGGAGUAAAAGAGGCAGAAACAAAACAAAAAGUUAGACCUUUUAAAGAAGAAACAUACAAACUUUAUCUGUUUACUUUGUAUUGCAGCUGCCCUUUCAAAGUACUGUUUCUUGCAGUAUGCACACAAUUGGAACGUAAAAGUUUGUCAUAAUAUUGCGCCUUAUACUUUGACGUAGCCGCAGAGGAUUGUGCAUAAUGAUAGCUAGAAAAGCAAGCUUCCAACCUGCAAACUGCAAAUUCUGACUCAACAUAGUAGAACAUUAGGGUAUUUUUGGCACAUUUAAUGUUUCAUAUAGUGGGACGUGCUCAUUGGGAAAAAAAAAACCUUUGUUCUUCUACAAGAGAAAAGUGAAAAAAAGUGUUCAGGAACCAGUUUUCAAUCUGGGAAAUUGACAACAUACGUUCACAUUAGUUAGUAUUUACUGUCUGGAGAUGAAAAGAUGUUUUCAUAAGAUUGGAACAUGAAUUUGAAGCCAAAUGGAAAGUUGUUUCCAUUACCUGAUUUGAGGGGAAUAAACACACCUGAAGGUGGUGAUGUAGAGUAACAGAAAAAGGGCACAAAACAACUGAAUUGUCAUAAUAUCAUGCUUUCAUCCUAGCUUGCAAAUUGCAAAAUCUGACUGUGUGUAGCUGGACAUCCUGGUUUAUGAUUUUGUGAAUUGGGUCUUUUUCUCGCGUCCUAUACGCAGCUUUGUUCCUUUACAAGAGAAAAGCGGAAAGAAGUUUUCAGGAACCUGUUUUCAAUUUGGAAAAUUGUCACUAUUCUUUCACGUCAGCUGAUAUUUAUGUGGCUUCAUGUUGUCUGGAGACAAAAAGGUGUUUCCAUCCAAUAUCACUCAAAGAACAACUUUGCUCAACAUAAAUCACUACAAUGAAGGAAAAGAAGUUGCACAAAUGCUGUAUUUUAAUUUAGGCCUUAUCUCACCAUUUUUUCCCCCACAUCAUGCCAUGAGCUCAUGAUGUGAGCUCUGUAUACCGUGGCUUGUAGUACGCUGUUAUGGAUUUUGGAACAAAUCCUUUGUUUUUCUUUGGGACAAGUGGAUAGAAGUCUUGAGGAAACUGUUUUCAAUCAUGUAAAGUGUCAUUUUUCUGUCUCGUUAGCUGGUAUCGGCCAUAUUUCUCGCUGUCUGGAGACAAAAUGGUGUUUCCAUCCAGGGCAUGUGAGUGGAGCGGUAAUAACUUCCAUUAUCGCUCAACUCAGAUUUCACUCCGAAGAAUAAAAAUGACUCACCGUUCGCUCUAACAAAAGACAAAAAAAUUGUAUAUGUUCUGUAUUCAAUUUUACCUCUAACGCACCUGGUUCCUACCCAUAUUAUGCUUUGAGCUCAUGACAUUAGCAGCAUUGGAACAAGUUAAGGCAACGCUCCGGUUUUUAAAAAAUUCAUCUGAAAUCAUUCAUUUGUGCCGUUUCCACCUUCCAUGAAUCGCAUUAACUCCAGAACCAUCUCAAGCUUGCAUUAAGCUGACCCAAAUUUCCAUUUACGAUUCCAGUCUCUAAACUGAUACUUGAAAACACCUUAUGGAAACACGGCUAGUUUCCCUCGUGCAUCUCUGCGAAUGUGAAAUUAACCAAUCAGACUGAUCUGUCAGGACACCAACACCAACACUCAUCCUCCGUUUCCGGCCCGCGGACUCCUCCCACGGCGGCGCCAGCAUGACUUUGGAAACCUGUUUCCAAGCUGCAUGCACAUUUUUGUAAAACAGAUACAGGAAAAAAAUAAAAAGAUACCGAACUAGAUACGUGUGUUAGUUCCACAUACUGUUGGGCCGCUUGUAUGUUGCAUGCAGUUGUACAGUUUGCUCGUACUUGAAUAUUAGAGAUAAAACCAAGAAACUGAAGCCAUUCCCAUUAAAGACAUCCGAACUCCACGUCCUCUCAGUCCGGUGCUGAAUGUCUCUCGAGCUGAAAUCCCCAAGAUUACAUUGAUGUCUUUCCUCAAACCCUCUGGAAGAUGUACUGCAGACCUCACAGCGCCCUCUACUGUUAGUCCACGUCAUAGUAUACCUCCAAGGGGCUGAGACAGAGAAAUAUGUACAAAUCAGAUCCACUGAUGAUGAUUUCAGAUCACACACUAGCUGUUAAGUUGAGAAUAAAUGAGUCACUCACUGUAAAUAUCGGCUCACUGGGUUUUCAUCGGUGAAAAUCGCAAAAAAAAAAGGGGGGCCAAGUCAUACAGCGAGUCGGGACCAGAACACAUGGACUCGGGUCAGAACCGCUGCUCCAAAACACCCGGUCUACGUCCCAUUUCAGAGGAGAAUUUUUUCUUUUCAUUGUCCGGUGAAGCUGGUUUUUCUUUAUUUUAUUUUUUGUUUUCCUUCUAUUUUCUUUUUUUUUCGUCAGUAUUAACAGGAAAAAAAACGCUGAUUGUUUACAACUUCUGUGUUCCACUGAAACAAGAAAAUUAGAAAAAAGUAAAGCAUUCACUGCAACAUUUCUUGUUUGUAUAACAGAUGUGGCUCAAAUGAUGUGUAUGUUUUAUAUAUAAAAAAAGUUCAUUUUUAUUAUUUACAAAUAAAAAAGAAUGUGUGGAAAAAAGUCAA